UCAAACUGCUGACGAGCACUCACACACAUGCACGCGAGUACACACAAAUGGUAUUGGUUUUUUUUCUCGACUCGGCGCAGAACCUUUUUAAUUCAGAAAUUGAAAUUUACAAAACUUGGAGUUUCGCAAAUUGAGCUUCCACGAUGAGCGCGGGGAGUCACUACUCCAUUCACUCGGUGUGCCGCACCUGCCUGUCCACACUGGAUAACACGGCCGCGUACGACCUGUUCCUGGUGCCCGGGUUGGCGAAAAAACUCUGCGUCUGCACCUCCCUGUCCGUGGAGCAGACGGACGGGUUCCCCAAGAAUCUUUGCACUGUGUGCUACACGAAGCUAAAUGACCUGCACGACUUCCAGAAGCAGUGCGUGGACUCGGCGCAGAAGUUCCAGGACCUGGUGGCCAGCAACGCCUUCGCCUGCCAGAGCAACUUCGAUGCCCUGGACCCCAGUGCAGCAGUGGCGGAUCUUCCCCCCGAGGAGGAGGACAACGUUAACUUCGACCCCCUGCUCAACUCCAAGAUAGAGAUAAUGGAGAACGAGGAGGAUGUAUUCAAGAUGCUGGAGACGGUGGAGAAGGAACUCGACGAGGUUGAGAAGCAGGAGAUGGCCCAACCCUUCGGCAUCCAGCCGGAGGACUCUUCUUUCGAAAGUGGCAACGACAACGAUCAGGACGAGGAGUUCCAGAUGAACAGCAGUGACGACGACAUUCCGCUGGCCCAACGGAGCACCCGAGUAUCUACUCGUGGGUCCGCCAGCAAGGCCAAGGCGAAGAGCAAGCCAGCCGUCAAGCGGGACGAGGAGUCGGACGAGACCAGUUCCUCGGAAGACUCUGACGACGACGACACCAGGGACAAGCCGAAACGCAAACGGAUUCCUGCCACGGAGCGCGACCGGCACCGGCUAAUCGACUGCCACAUCUGCCAUCAGAAGUUCAAGAAGGCCAUUCGGUACGAGGAGCACAUGAAGCAUCACAACGACCUCCUGCCUUACCAGUGCACCGUGGAGAGCUGCAGGAAAGGCUUCACCACCGCCAACGGCCUACGCGUUCAUGUGGAGCAUGCCCACACGGAGAGUUCGGCCAUGCAUCCCUGCACCUACGAGGGAUGCAACAAAACGUUUGCCAGGCCCGUGCUGCUGAGCUUCCACAUGAAGCGGGUGCACAAGGUGGACACUCCGUCGAGGGACUUCCCCUGCACGGAAUGCGAAAAGGUCUUCCGCUGCCCCACGGCCCUCAAGAAGCAUAUGUACAAGCACACGGGCGAGGAGCUGCCAUUCGCUUGCGAGAUCUGCGGCAAGCGCUUCCCCAUCAACAGUGUUCUGCGCGACCACUUGCUCCGGCACGCUGGCAUCAAGAAUCACGUCUGCCCCUACUGCGGCGUGGGCAAGACCACCAGGCAGGAGUGGAACAAGCACAUCCUGACGCACACCAAGGAGAAGAAGUACGAGUGCCGGCUGUGCGACCACGCCUCCCACAACAAGCAGGCCCUGGCCAACCACGUGAAGGUGGUGCACGAGAAGCGGAAGGACUUCGCCUGCCAAUAUUGCGGCAAGACGUUUGGAAAGUCGCACGCGUGCAAGAUCCACGAGAGAAGCCACACGGGCGAGAAGUGCUGUGAGUGCAAGAUCUGCGGAAAGGUGUUCCUGUUCGAGAAGGGCCUGACCAAGCAUCUGAAGACACACGAGAAGAGGGAUCUGCCCAAGACGCAGCCGACUCCCAAUCCUCUGGCAACCGACGCGGCUGGCGGGUCCGCCUCUACGACGAUUGCCAAGCCCAGUCCGCAUUUGCGGGGACGCGUAGAACGCGUGGACAUUGCUCAGUUGGCGGGCACAGUGGCCAAUCCGAUACCCUCGGUCAAUCUGCCAUCGUGGUCGCCCCAAGUGAACUUCACCAAGAAGGAGGGCCAGCAUAUGUGCCCCGACUGCGGCAAGGGCUUCAACCACGUCAGCAACAUGAAGCUACACUACAAGGUGGUGCACCAGAAGGUGAAGGACUUUUGCUGCCGCUUCUGCCCAAAACGAUUCGCCAAGAAGCAGUACCUCCGGCACCACGAAUACAUUCACACGGGCGAAAAGCCGUACGAGUGCAAGAUUUGCGGCAAGCAUUUCCGCCAGGAGCAGGUGCUUAAGACGCAUAUGAAGGUGCACGACAAGCCUCCACGUCCACCGGGCAAAACCAAGGAGCCCACGGGCCCCAAAUCGGAGACAAGCAGCACAUCGGUGAAGCGACAGCAGCCAAAGAACUUCGAGCAGUACCAGGAUCCGGCUGCCGAAAGGGCUGCUGCCACGGCAGAACUUCUGGCCUACCAGAUCGAGGAGAACGAGGCAAAGCGCAAGGCCGAGGCGGAGCUACGGAAAAUCCAGGAGGCGGCCUUCGAGCAACUCAACAAGCUGCAGAAACAGACAAACACGUACGACGGAUUCUACGCCCAAAAAGCAGAGGCGGAAGGUACAUCCGUGGACGCUCUGAAGCUGGACCACGUCUGAGAACAUGGACGGCGAGAAUUCUCCCUUUUCGCAGCCCGUGUCUGCUCUUUUCUAUUGUGUUUUUCUGUGAAGGACAUAUGCGUUAUAGGUCUUUAAGGAUUACCAACUAGUUUUCGUAUUUUGAACGCCUGGUUUUUAAACAAUUUUCUAUGUAAACUUUAUUUUUCGCUCAGAUCAUUGAGUUUGCACAUUAAUGCAUUCAAUAAUAAGUGACAAUUUAUUUAACUAA